AUGUCGGUGGAUAUCGGAUGGGAGAAGAUCACUUCGGGCCCUGAUGGCGCUGCCCUCGCCGAGAAGAUUCGGGCUUUCGUCCAUGACAAGUUCCAGCAGAUCCCCCUUCCCCGCUUCAUCAAUGCCGUCCAUGUCCAUUCAUUCGAGCUUGGGUCAGUCUGUCCGGAAAUCGAAAUCAAGGAUAUCUGCGACCCGCUUCCUGACUUCUAUGAGGACGAAGAAGAGGACGAGGUAGGCGCCGAUCAAGAGGUGGAUGAAUCUGCCAUCGGGUCUGCGCAGAACGACGGGGUGGAAACCGGAAGCCACUAUGAGGCUCGAGAGUCUGCCUCGUCUUCUCAGCAACCGCGUUCGGUGCCGCAACUGUCCAACAUAAUCACAGGCUCAGGCCUUGCUCAUUUGAAUGCCUCGACGUCUGCCAAAGAAGGUCUCAGCGCAGGCGAUGAGGCUUUUGCGGGGCCUUUCCCACGAAGCACGACCCCUGGCAUCCCAGGCGGCACGUCCAAUCUCAGCUACUUCCAUUUCCCUGGAGGCGGUCUUUCUGGGACCCAGACUCCGUUAGCAGCAGUUGCAAGCGGAACACCGUUCAGUCCUCGACCUUGGUCGUACGACCCUUCUCAUAAUUUUGCCAUGAUGCAUCAAACGCCUAUUCAUGGAGCAACGCACGUGAAGCCAAUGGCUCAAGACGUCACAGGUCAUGACGAUCCAUCCACCAGACCUUCCACCGCAAAUAGCAUCUCGUCUCCACGUGGCUCAGAGUCCGGGCCUUCCUCACCUCAGCUGCCUCACAGAGCACAGCCUGCCGGUGAGAACGGCCAGGGCGAUACUACGCUCGAUGCAUUGACGCCUUUGUCAGCAUCUAGGCUUCAGAGCAGGCAGGCGUCAGAUCUGCAAGUGGUGGCAAGAGUCAAGUAUUCCGGGGACGUGCGCAUGACUCUAACGGCCGAGAUUCUACUUGACUAUCCAAUGCCGAGCUUCGUUGGGAUCCCUCUCAAAUUAGCGAUCACCGGUUUGACGUUCGACGGUGUUGCUAUCGUGGCUUGGGUCAAGAAGAAGAUGCACUUUUGCUUUCUCGAUUCCGAGGACGCCGCUACGCUCGUCGGAGAAAGCGUGACAAACAACCACCGUAAAAAGGCAGGUGGCACGACAGGUUCAGGGACCGGUGUGCCUGGGCCACUGCAGGAAAUCCACGUGGAAAGCGAGAUUGGACGACAGGAGGACGGCAAACAAGUCCUCAAGAACGUCGGCAAGGUGGAAAAGUUCGUUCUUGAGCAAGUCAGGAAGAUCUUUGAGGAAGAAUUCGUCUUUCCCAGUUAUUGGACCUUUCUGGUAUGA